AUGUCCAUGUAUGGUCUAUAUUACAACCACCCAUGGAUCAGGAGAUCAGCUCAGAGCUCUCCAAACUCAGCAGACAGCCUUUGUCCAUUUUCUAAGCAGUGGACACCAGUAGGGCUACUCAGGGGACCAGCUGAACCACGAAAAAUGAGGCAUUUUAUGUACCAGAGUGCAUUUCUGAUCAGCUUUCUCAUUUCAAGCUUUCUACUGCGAGUUAAAGCUGACACAUGUGCUAGGGAAUGGCUGCAAUACCAAGGCAACUGCUAUGGAUACUUUGACACUAAGAUGACCUGGCAAGAAGCCGAGAUUGAGUGCCAGAGUUACGAGCGUGGCACCCAUCUUGCCUCCCUUCUCAGCCAUGCAGAGAUCCUUGUGGUCGGCAACCACAUCUCUGCUUACCAGACUGAAGUCAGUGAUGUAUGGAUUGGACUGCAUGAUAUCCGGCAUAAUGGUAAAUGGAGAUGGUCAGAUGAAUCUACCUAUAACUACAAAGCAUGGAUGGCAGGGGCACCCAACAACCUGGAGAAAAGCGAGUACUGUGUUGAGCUGAAGCAUUCCGUAGGCUUCACACAGUGGAAUGAUGCAAAAUGUCACAAACUGAAUGCUUAUAUCUGCAAGCAUGAACUGUAG